ACAUAUUUACAUAUAUAGGCAGUGACUAUAGCUUAUAGCACAAUAUAUGUAGCUUUUGAUACUGCGACGUAUUAUUGAGGUUAACUACCUGGUGUCAUUUGUUUUUAUCAGGAUUAAAAUUUAUUAUAAGGGUAACUCAAAAUGGUGUGUGAGAAAUGUGAGAAAAAAUUAGGAAGAGUAAUAACCCCAGAUCCAUGGAAAAGCGGAGCUAGAAAUACAGUAGAAAGUGGAGGACGUAAAGUUGGUGAAAAUAAAGCACUUUCUGCAGGAAAGGCAAGAUUUAAUCCAUAUACUGCUACUUUUGAGACCUGCAGGAUAUGUAGACAAAAAGUACAUCAAGUUGGAUCACAUUAUUGUCAGUCAUGUGCAUAUAAGAAAGCUAUAUGUGCUAUGUGUGGUAAAAAAUUAAUGAGUACAAAGAACUAUAAACAGUCUGCUACUUAGAGGGUGAAAAUUUAUUUGUUACCAUGUCUUAUAAUAUUUAUAAGAUUGAUAUAAUGAAAUUAAUUUCAUUUGAACAAAUAUUGUGUUAAUAUUAGGACAUAAGUAAAUGAUUGCCACUACUUUUAUGAUUAAGAAAAAAUUAUAAUUAUUUUUAAUAUGUAAAUAGGUAAAAUGAAAUAGGUAAAAUGAAAUAGGU